UGGUCCCUGGAAGCAGCAGAGGCCGCCCCCGAGCGAGGGAAGCAUGUUCCGGCUGAUGAGGGAUGGCGAGCCGGAGGACCCUAUGUUUGCCAUGGAUCCUUUUGCCAUCCAUCGGCAGCACAUGAACCGCAUGCUCUCUGGAAGUUUCGGGUUUGGCCCACUCCUUGGCAUCACUGAUGGGACCACACCAGGGGCUCGCCAGGCUGGCCGCAGGAUGCAGGCAGGAGCUAUUUCACCCUUUGGGAUGCUCGGCAUGGCAGGUGGCUUUAUAGAUAUGUUUGGGAUGAUGAAUGACAUGAUUGGAAACAUGGAGCAUAUGACAAGUGGUGCUAACUGCCAGACAUUUACCUCCUCAACUGUCAUCUCCUAUUCCAACCUGGGUGAUGGGCCCAAAGUCUAUCAGGAGACCUCGGAGAUGCGUUCGCACCCGGUGGGUAAGGAGGAGGCUGCUCGCUUUGCUGGGGGGGGGGGUGGGCUUUGUUUGGUGGCUUCUAUCCGUGAGACUAGACGAACUGUAAGGGACUCGGACAGUGGCCUGGAACAAAUGUCGAUUGGACACCACAUCAGGGAGAGGGCCCACAUCAUGCAGCGGUCCCGGAACCAUCGCACGGGUGACCAGGAGGAGAGGCAGGACUACAUCAACAUGGAUGAAAGUGAUGCAGCCGCAUUUGACGAUGAGUGGAGGCGAGAGACAUCCCGCUUCCGGCCGCAGCGGGGGCUGGAUUACCGGCGUCAUGAAGGCGGCGGUGGCCGUCGGGCUGAAGGGACUCGUCUCGCGAUCCAGGGCCCUGAGGAUUCUCCCUCCAGACAGUCCCGUCGGUAUGACUGGUGAACUCAGAGCAGACCUUGUGGGGGGUGCAGCGUGGCCACCCCCAGAUCUACCUAUGCGCUCUUGUACAGACAGUGAAACUCUGAAGCCCCUUCAAAGCACCACUUGGACCCUCCUCAAAUUUAGUAUUAACCUCCCUCCCACUUCAGAAUUGAAACAAAGCAACUAAUCUGCAUUGCUCUUUUUCACCCCAUUUGGGUGCUGCAGUGGGGCAUGGGGAAUCUCACUGAUGUGCAAGGAACACAUUAAUUGCCCAUUCCCUUUCUGCUGUCCCUUGGCUCUGUUCUUUCUGCCAGUAGUGAUGGGCAUGAGGAGCUGCCACCUUGCCUCUUCCAUCCUUUCCACUCUUUCUGUGCUGGGUUGGGCUGGCUCUGAAGUUUGUGUUUAGUCUCCUGCGAAAGGAAUAUGAGGGAAUCUGCUAGAACCUCCUGUCAGUCCCCUUACUGGGACAGAGGCUUCAAUUCCUCUCCUGCUCCUUGGUGCAUCUAUGGAGAAGCAGAGAAGGUUGUGUGUGUUAGAGAAGGGAGGAGCAGAACAAAAGCUGGAUCAGCCUGUGGGCCCCCCUGACCCCUCUUCAAUCAGCUCCCCCACUUUUUUAAUUUGUGAAACUUGUAACUAGAUGUUUACUGAAUAAAGAAACAAACUGUAAAGAA